GGAGCCUCAGCCGCUGGUCGCAGCCGCGCGACCCGAGCAGCCCAGCUGCUUCGCACCGCACCCAGCGCCGCCGGGUCCCCGAUCGCGCUUCCGCAGACCAGCCGCGCAGAUCCAGAGCUAGCCACUCGUCCCGCACCGCAUGUCCCAGAUGGCUUCAGUGACAGAUAGUAAAACUGGAGUGAAGGAUGCUUCUGAUCAGAAUUUUGACUACAUGUUCAAACUGCUCAUCAUCGGCAAUAGCAGUGUUGGCAAGACCUCCUUCCUCUUCCGAUACGCUGAUGACACCUUCACCCCAGCCUUUGUCAGCACUGUGGGCAUUGACUUCAAGGUGAAGACAGUCUACCGCCAGGAGAAGCGAGUGAAGCUGCAGAUCUGGGACACAGCUGGUCAAGAGCGAUAUCGGACCAUCACCACAGCCUAUUAUCGUGGGGCCAUGGGCUUCAUUCUGAUGUAUGACAUCACCAAUGAAGAGUCCUUCAACGCUGUCCAAGACUGGGCUACUCAGAUCAAGACCUACUCCUGGGACAAUGCACAGGUUAUCCUGGUGGGAAACAAGUGUGACAUGGAGGAAGAAAGAGUUAUUCCCACUGAGAAGGGCCGACUUCUUGCAGAACAGCUUGGGUUUGACUUCUUUGAAGCCAGUGCCAAGGAGAACAUCAGCGUGAGGCAGGCCUUUGAGCGACUGGUGGAUGCCAUUUGUGACAAGAUGUCGGAUUCCCUGGACACCGACCCCUCUGUGCUCGGCACCUCCAAGACUACUCGCCUUUCAGACACCCCGCCACUGCUGCAGCAGAACUGCUCAUGCUAGGCAAGGCCACCCUCCUGACUGCCCCUAUUGUGGCCCCACACCCACUCUGUCCAUCCCCACUAGCACUCUGUCUACCAUAGGUCCCAAGCAAGCUGAGUUGCUACUGUUCUUUGCCUAUAGUGGUGAUAGAAACCUGCUCCCUCCCCCAGGGCUCUCUACAAGUGGUUCCCCUUUAUAGACACUCAGCACUGGACUAACAGCAUGGGUCACAAUGUUAGUGGAAACUUGCUUUACAAAAGAAGAUUCCAUUUUACAAAGGGGAUUCACUAUAGGAACUUGAAAAGCAAACCUCUUUUCUGCCUUUAAAAUAAGAUCUCCAUUAGUGACAAGCGCGCGUGCGUGCGCGCACACGCAAACACACACACACACACACACUAGCCAGUUGUGUGAGGUGAGGCCCACUUACACAGCUAAUCCUAUUAAAGAAAGUCUCACAAACAUAACAUUCUGGUUUCACAUCAGGCUCCCUGUGAACUUCCCCUCACUGCAAGUCAAGCUUUGGUUCUCAGAGCUCUAUGCUUGUUACCACAGAUGCCCACAGGGCCUGGGCAGUUGCUGUGGUGACAGGCCAGAGCUAAUCUCCUGAGAAUUUAGACUUUCUAAUGAUGCUGAAGGAGCAAAGGCUGAGUCAGAAAUACACUUAAAAGAAAAAGAUUAUCCUCUGCUAAAUGUCAAAGGUUCCUGCUGUAUGAAAGGGCAGGAACCUUUGUGAAGAAAGAUAAUGAAAAACAUGGGCAAGAAAAAGAAA